GCGACACCUUGAGACCGGUGCGUACGCCACUCGACCACGGAGGUCGUCAUACGGUAUGUCUGAAGUAAAUCUAAAUAAUGUCAGGUUAAUAACCAGUUAUCAUACAAACUGUACAAAUAAGAGUGUGUUAUAUUAAGUUAAUUGUUUCAAAGUAGAAACAGACUCUGUUAAUUGGACGUGUGUUCUAUAUUUUAAUUACUUUAUUAAAUUUCAAUAAUUUUAUUCUAAAUGUUGUAAUUUUAAAAUAAAGUGGUGUGAUUCGUUGAUUUGUACUUGAAUUACCUAAUCAUCUGAGAUGUUUCAAGAUAAGCAGAGGUUUCGGGAGUUUGCGGUGUCACCGGCAUUUGUUCUCGACGAAUGUUCAGAAGCAGAUGUCGCUAAAGCCUUGAUAGAGAGCAAGCAACAGAGAGAACCCUUUUACAUAUUUGAUAUGGACGAAGCGUAUCGACAUAUACAGAGGUUUAAACAACGAAUGCCGAGAGUGCAAGUAUUUUUUGCUAUGAAAGCCAACCAUUCGGAGAUGAUGCUGAAACUGGCGAUUGCUUUGGGAGUGGGGUUCGACUGCGCCUCACCUGGUGAAAUCAACAGGAUACUUAAGUUCGGAGUUGAUCCCACGAGCAUUAUAUAUGCAGUUCCAAAUAAAACUCCAGAACAAAUGAUUUAUGCGAGAAUAUCCGGAGUGAAGCACACCACAUUUAACACAGCCUGCGAACUGUAUAAGAUAAAACAAUACUGGCCGGACGCUAAAUUAUUAAUACGCAUUAAGGUGGAAAGCGACAGUGUUUACAAGUUGGGCGAGAAGUUCGGAUGCCUGUUCGAGACGGAGGCUGUGGAUCUUUUGGAAACUGCCGCCAGCCUCGGCCUGACUGUGAUAGGUGUGGCGUUUCAUGUGGGUAGCGGUUGUUCGUCCAUAGAGAGUUAUGCUGUGGGUAUCCGACAUGCCAGAGCCCUGUUCGACCACGAAGCGAGGGCAGGACGCCAGAUGAAAAUAUUGGAUAUCGGGGGCGGGUUCUACCGCGAGGAAUCUACGAAAUUCGAUCAGGUGUCACAAUUGAUAACGGAUACCCUGGCUCAUCUGUUUCCGGAUCCCUCCGUGCAAGUGAUUGCUGAACCCGGCCGCUACCUGUGCGAGGCAGCCUUCACUCUGUAUUGCAACAUCAACAAAGUUAAAACGGUAAUGCGAAAUGAUAAACCGCUAAACAUGGUCUACAUAAGUGAUGGUAUCAACGGCACGUUGAGGUAUUUCGAGACUUGGCAGAAUGUUUACAAAUUUAAUGACAAAGGACGUUGUAAAGAAAACCUUGAAGAUACAGUACUCUAUGGUCCUUCACCAGAUUCAAAGGAUUACUUGGAAGUGAAACUCCCUCGUUGCACGGAUCAAGACUGGCUGGUUUUCGAUAUGCAGGGAUCCUAUACCUUGGUAUUCUCCGGAAGGUUCGCAGGGUAUGAAAUACCCCUGAUAAGGCCUAUUAUAUCGAAAAAGAUUUGGGCCCAGAUAAAAGACCGAGAGAUCUUCAAUUCGGGUGAUUUCAUUGUGUCUCCGGAUCUGCUGGCGCCCCUGCCGAGCACACUGCCGCCGCUCCUGCCAUACCAUGGUCGGACUGAGUACUCACACCUAGUCUUAGCUGAUUAAACAGUUUUUAAUUUCCAUUGUCAUGUAAGAUGGUCGCAAUACAGUAUAUUAUUAGGGAUUAUUUUAUGGAAUUAUGUUCGUUGUUCAUAUGUAAGUUUUUAUAAUAAAAUUUGCAAAAAAAAGUUUCCUUGAACCUAAAAAUCAAGUCACAUAAAUUAGAUAAAUAGUUACUAUAAAUCAACGAAAAUCAUAUUUGCUUUCAUUCUGAACUAACAAAUUAUGUCAAAGACGCUUACUUAAAAGGCUUUUAUCUAUUAAAUGUGAUUUUUUAACA